GGUGCGCCGGGGCCCGGCGAGCUGCUGCUGCGGCGUCCGCGACCCCCGCCGGCGCGGGUAUGGAGCUCGAGGGUCGCCGCGGCGUGGACUCGGCCACGGGGCUGGCCUUGACGACCCCGGAGUGGGAGCAGAAGCGGAGGACAGAGGCCGAGGCGGGGGCUGCCGGCCCCGGUGCCGUCCGAGCCCGCCGCUUCCUGCUCUGUCUCUACCUGGUGGGCUUCUUGGAUUUAUUUGGUGUCAGCAUGGUUGUCCCUUUAUUGAGCCUUCACAUCAAGUCCCUUGGAGCAAGUCCAACAGUUGCUGGAAUAGUAGGCUCCUCCUAUGGUGUUUUGCAACUCUUUUCUAGCACAUUGGUGGGCUGCUGGAGCGACCUGGUGGGAAGACGGGCUUCCUUGCUGGUGUGCAUUCUGCUCAGUGCCCUGGGCUAUCUCCUCCUUGGAGCAGCCACCAAUGUGUUCCUGUUUGUCCUGGCUAGAGUUCCUGCAGGUAUUUUUAAACACACCCUCUCCAUCUCAAGGGCUCUGCUUUCUGAUCUGGUUGCAGAGAAGGAACGGCCAAUCGUAAUCGGGCACUUCAAUACAGCGUCCAGUGUGGGCUUCAUCUUAGGCCCAGUGGUCGGUGGCUAUCUCACUGAAUUAGAUGGUGGGUUUUAUCUUACAGCCUUCAUCUGUUUUUCUGUCUUCAUUCUCAAUGCUGGUCUUGUUUGGCUGUUACCAUGGAGUGAAGCAAAACUGGGCAGUACAGGAAAUGGCCUGCAAUGGGGUAAGACCCACGUGCUGUCUGGCAAGAGCGACUGUGACGUGCAGGAAGCAGCCCCCACCCGUGGGGCCAGGACGAGGGAGAAGACUGCCUGGCCUCCCUGGGUCGAAGUGGUGUCGGCCUUGCAGGACAUGAAGAGCCUGAUAUUUUCUGAAAUGUGGGACAUAUUUCUAGUGCGCUUGCUGAUGGCUGUGGCGGUCAUGCUGUACUACAGUAAUUUCGUCCUGGCCCUGGAGGAGCGCUUUGGAGUGCGGCCCAAGGUGACGGGCUACCUCAUCAGUUACAGCAGCGCCCUGGGGGCCACAGCCAGCUUUGCUCUGGGGCCCAUCCUACGGCUGUACAAGCAGGACUCUCACAGGCUGCUGCUGCACUCCAGCGCGCUCACCUGCACCCUGCUGCUGCUCUACUCCACGGCCCCCACCGUGGGCACUGUCAUCUUCUCCUCCACUCUCCUGUCCUUUUCCACCGCCAUCGGCAGGACGUGCAUCACGGACCUCCAGCUGACCGUGGGCGGGGCCCAGGCCAGCGGCACCGUCAUUGGCCUGGGGCAGUCAGUGACCGCAGUGGGCCGUGUCAUCGCCCCUCUCCUCUCCGGCGUUGCACAGGAGGUUAGCCCUUGCGGCCCCCCUAGUCUGGGGGUUGUGUUGGCCUUAGUGGCCAUCUUCAUAAUGUCUCUAAACAAACCUCGCUCUGGUGGCGAUGUGAGUGAUAAAUUUAAAAGUGAAUAGAGUGGAUUUGGACA